AUGUUUUGCUCUGGUAGAAUCUUCGUCGUCGUACCGAUCAUUGCCCGGGAAAAGGUUGACGAGGCCACAGUUGAGAUUCAGGGCAUCCACAUCCUCGACGCCGAACUGAAUUCGCUUUUCAUCCAAAUCUACUCAACUAUCAAGACGGACGGCCAACCUUUUACAACCCUCCAGUUCCCGCCGACCAGUGCCAACAAAUUUCAGGUCGUGAAUAUUAGUCAGACUGUUCACGUUACAAACAAAGAUGCUCUGGAACGGUUUAGUCACGCUUUCCUUGCAAACCAGACACUUCGGAUCAAGAUAUAUGGCAAGACUUACGUAAAGCCCGCUGGCAUGACCAAAAAGUAUCCGGUUCAUGUCAACAAGGUCAUAGAAUUCAAUGGGCUGAACCUGUUGAACGGAGUAAAGCUUGGGAAUACUAGCAUCUCAUUCGAUAAAGACGUACCCAACUUCAACGCCACAGCAGUUGUCAGGAACCCAUCCCACUCUACCCUUGAAAUUGUUAACGCAACAUUCGAGAGCCUUGCAGACAACCAACUUGUCGGGAAUGUUGCUACUGCAAACCUGCUGCUCCGCCCAGGCAGGAAUACCUUUCCCAUCGAGGCGCGUAUCAAUCAGACGAGAGUCGCCCAAAUUGUCGCCUACUGUGAGACCGGCGUCAUUCCUUUCCAGCUCCAGGGAAGAAAGGUUCAGAAUCACGGCCAGGAUAUCCUCUGGUUGGCGUCAGCGUCGAGUAACGCCAGUAUGACAGUUGAUAUUAGCGUUGCGGCAGUCAUUGAAAGCUCGCAGAGUGCAAACUUUUGCGUUUAG